AUGGCGGUGGGAGGUUUAAUAAAAAUAAACAUAAUCAGUGCAUCCAACUGUGUAAUUAUAAUAAUCUGCUCAAUCUCAACCAUUUACGGCGGGCUACUAACUGGAGAUCUCAAGUUGAGGUCAACACCGUUUACAAUCAAUCACCACGCUCCUCUAGUGAUCAACAUAGACGGCAGGAAUAAGCCACCAUUCCCUCCACUAUCAUUGCCGAAGCCUGAGAAACCUCCCCCCUUAAUAGACCAGUUAUUCUCCCCAUCAAGAGCACUGUUAAAAGCAGUAUCACCUUUGGGAUUACCCAAAGUUCUUCCACUAUUACCUCCUGUUGUACCACCGCUGUUGCCGAAGUUACCCAUCUUGCCUUUGUUACCGCUGCCUCCAAUCAUACCUCCUAUACCUUUAUUACCAUUCCUACCCCCUCCUUUAAUACCUAAGCUUCCACGAACAUCAUUAUUGAGGAGCUCAUUAGACCCACUGUCUUUGAGAAAUCCAUUGAAGCCACUGAAAGUGCCAAUUUUAGGCAAAAAGACGCCCGUCGAAAAAGCUUUAUCUAAAGUGACAAAGAAAAUUUCCAGUUUGAAGAAAACGAAAAGCGUUUCGGACAAACUGAAGGAUUUGCUGAAUAAAGGCUCGCUAACUUCUAGAGACUUCAACAGAUUCAAGAGGUUAUUGACAAAACGUUAAACAAAAUAUUUUCAACAAUUAAUGACAGGAUGACAAUGAAAAAUUUUAAAGUGCCCAAUUGCUUUGUCUUGUUAAAAAAAAGUUGAGUUAUCAAUUAUUUUAUCUCUUGAGUGAAAGCUAACUUAUCGUAAACUUAUUAAGUUGGAUACUGUUAACGGUAAUAUUUUAAAUUAUAAAAUCUUUAAUGUGAUUAUUGUCAAAAUGACCGAUGGAUAUCUUAAAAAAAAAAUUAAUUGAAUUAAAUAUGAUAUAAUUUAUUACUAUAUUAUAUCAAGUACAAAAUGUGUGUGUGUGGAUGGCCUGACUGUAUUGGAAAGUUUAUUAGAAUAGUUUAUUUAAAUACACAUGAUGGCUAAUAAUAAUUAAUUAACCUAUACGGUACCACAGUGAUCGUAAGAAAAAAAUAUUUAUUUAUUUAAUUUUUUAUUUUAUUUUAUCAUUAAGUUUUUUAUUGUCCAA